AAGAAACAACGUAUUACUUUUUCAUCCUUAGAUCGGAAACAGAUGGGGGUAUUUUUAUCUUUCGAUUUACUUGCUUGAAAAACACUCGAUUGUCGAUUAUACAAAAAAGAAAGAAUACAAAAAGUGCUACGUUGAUAAAAAAAAUUCUCAGAAUUAAACAUUCAAGAGAUUAGCUUUUGAUAUGAAAGUGCGAAAAACAAGUAAGCUUUGUGGAUACAAAUUAAAAUUUAGAUUAACUCUCAACAUUUUUGAGUUUUUUUUAUCGAAGUCCAUUUUUGUUGAUGUUAAUCCUGAAGUGCCACGUAUUCUCACAAGUGUUCUUAGUGAUAAAGGAGUAGUAAACUUGUUCGUUGAAUAAUAAAUUAAAGUGGCAGUAAAAGAGAUCUUUUAACACUCAACACACUCACAUGAUAUGACCAUGUGCUUUACCUCUCCAAUUUAUCGAAUCCCUCAUGCCUCAUAGAUCUUAAACACUAAAUAGUUUCUUGCAUACUGCGACACGUUAUUAACUUAAUUCUUAGAAGUUGCUUGCUAAUGAAAAACAAUGAAGAGUGAUGAAUUACGAACAGUGAAUUGUGAAUAAAAAAGACGAAAAGUGCAAAAUGUCCAUUGAUCAGGUGCAGAAUAUUACAACGGACAAUGUGAAUUCUUCUACGCAACCCAAACUAAACAGUUUAAGCAAGCCUGACCAGUUGCCGAACAUUACAACGGACAGUGUGAUUUCUUAUAAAUUACCGACACUGAACGACUUAAACGGGCCUAGUGAUAGUAAAUUUGAUUGCCAUAGCUUAAGUCCUAGCAUUAACAAUGUUACCAUUGAAUCAUUGAGCGAUGGUGACAGUUCCGUCAUCGACAGUGAUUCUGAUAUCGAUGAAAUUCCAAAGACAGCAUCUGAGUUUUUCAGAAACAGAGUUGUCUGCACUACGAACGGUAGUCAUGACCAGAAUCAAGGAGUUAUUGUGAUAAAUGAAACCAAUUCCAGUGAUAAGAAUAACGUAGCUAAGCAGCCACAAAUUGGCAGUAUUGCCGUCCAGAAUUCAUCAGAUAUAACAUUCGGCAAUAAAACGUUCUACCAAGGACCAGUGACGAUUAAGCAAUUUUUAUUAGAAAAGAACCAAUGGCGACCGACUGAAUCCGGUGAAGAAAACAGAGGCUUCGAGGCAUCAAAUAGAGAUAUCUCAGCAGACAACGAUAAACCGACGAACACCAAUCAAAACAGCUCGAAGAAGAAAAAGUUAAGAGAAAAAAUACUCCAUGGAAAUAGGCCGAUCCUUAUUGCAAUUGGAAUCACUGGAAUCGCUGUAGUCAUCGGAGCUCUAGUAUUCUCCAAAUUAUACAUAUCAACGGUCGACGACGGGGACGUAAAUCCAGAAAAUGACAUAAAAACAUCAGAAUACGGAUCAUCGCUUCGUUAUGUGACCAGAUCCGAGUGGCUGGCGCAGCCACCAAAUUCAAACCUGAAUAACUUGGAACUUCCAUCACAACGUGUAAUUAUUGCUCACACUGCGACAGAGAACUGUACAAAUCAGGCAACUUGUACAUUCCGCGUUCGUUACAUUCAGACGUUUCACAUGGAGUCCCAGGGAUGGGAUGACAUUGGAUAUAACUUUUUAGUCGGAGGAGAUGGUGCCGUUUAUGAAGGACGUGGCUGGGACAAAGAAGGCGCUCACACGAAAGGAUUUAACAAACGUAGCAUUUGCAUUGCGUUUAUCGGAACGUUCAACAAAAUGGUGCCACCGAAACGACAAUUGACUGCUGCUGAAUUUUUGAUUGAUCGAGGAGUCAAAUUGAACAAACUGAUUCCAGAUUAUCAAUUGUAUGGUCACAGGCAAUUAAUACCUUCGGAGAGUCCGGGGCCAGCUCUGUAUGAAGUAAUUAAGACAUGGCCGCAUUGGUCGGAGAAAUACAUUCCAUGAUAAACACAAUCAAUCCGAACUUAGACUUAAAUUGGAGAAAAAUACUUAAACUUGAAUGUUGUUGAUUUGUAAAUAUUUAUUGAGUAAACAGAACACGUUUUGUACUACUUGAAAA